CACGAGAUGAGCGCUGAUCACCACUGCUCUACUUCCUCACUGUAUGUCGCCGUACGAGUCAUUUAUAUGCUGAGUUGUUUAGGAUUCCUGCCAUGACAAUGAAUAAUAAUUGUUACCGUGACUGGGCGGUACAUUUUGACCUUACCUAACCAUGCACUGCCCACAAUCGCUUACCAUGUGCAGUACAGACGAUAGUCUUGUCUUCCUGUGAUCGAUCUCCCGUUCCAAGUACACGGAACACCAAUUAGUGCGAUACUGGAUAAACGCAAUUCUGGCAGACGCCCUUGAUCAUAGGUAUAGCAUGCAUUCUUUUGUGAUCAAUUGUCGUUUAUCUCGUGUCAGUCACCACAGCGUCCCACAGCAAUCUCUGAGGGUCAUGCGAAUGUGCCCAAGCGAAAGUUUGUACUUGGGUCCACACCCGCCACAAUGUGAAUCGUUUAUAACACUAUUGAAUUCAUGGAAAUCAUCAUCUUCCUCCUCUCUGCCAAUGCCUUCACCAAUGCUCGCCGACUACUUACAGAGACGUGAUAAACUUAUCGCAGAGGAUCGCGCAUUGCGAAUAGACCGUGUUCGCGCAAAUUAUUCCGCGGCCGAGCUCAAGGCAGACGAAGUCGUGCGCUCCAUCCGUGCUAAAGAAGCUGUCUCUUUUUGGGGAGUUGAUCACGAGAACGUCCUUCACCCAUACCCUGGAAUGGAGUUCCUGAAUGCCAAAGAAAUUAUUGUAAAGACAGAUCUCUACAGUAAGAUAGUCUCCAAAAUGCCAAAGGGCGGACUGUUGCAUUUGCACCAGAACGCCUCGGUAGAGGCCAGAACGCUGCUUGAUCUGGCACUAGGUCAUCCCGCAAUACAUAUCCGUGUUCCGGGUCCGUUGGACGCGGCUUCUCUCGAAACUGUACUGCCAAAGAUCCAGCCGAUUCCCGUGGAACAGUAUUCUGCCGCCGACGCAAUUGGUAUCACGGAUCUUUUAUACACUGGCGGCUGGGUUCCUAUCAAGAAGGCGCGAGAGCUCUUCGAUCCUGCACUAGGCGGCCCUGCUGGAUUUGAUAAGUGGGUACUUAGCGCCUUUGUGAUCAAUCCCAGUGAUGCGUUUAAGACGUACAACACGCCGAUGAAAAUCUGGCUGAAGUUUGGGAGUACCUUUGCCGUGACUGAUCCAAUCAUUCGAUUCGUGCCGAUUCAAAAGGAAUACUUGCGGAUGUUCAUCCGCUCGUCGAUAGACGAUGGCAUCUCGUACAUUGAGAUGCGAUCUAGUUUCUUUAACAAAUAUAUACUUGCAGAGGACGCGAAAACCAAACUUGAAAUAAGUGAACUACUCUUGAUGAUUCGAGAGGUCACGAACGAAAUGAAGGCGGAAAUGAAGGCGAAAGGCCGGGAAAACGAUUUCGCCGGGUUGAAGAUUAUCUAUGCUACCAUGAGAAUUAUCUCCCCCGAGGAAUUGGAAGCAGAACUGGAUCAGUGCUGUAGAUUCAAACGGGAAUUUCCAGACCUUAUUGCUGGAUUUGAUCUCGUGGGCCACGAAGAUGGCGCGGAGUGUAAACCACUAAUCUAUUAUGCAGAGCCGCUUCUACGUUUCGCGGAGCAGCAUCCGGACAUUCCAUUCAUCUUUCAUGCCGGCGAAACUCUAGGCGAUGGCACUGCAGCGGAUAUGAACCUGUAUGAUGCUAUUCUACUUGGAACAAAGCGUAUCGGACACGGCUUUUCACUAGCCAAGCAUCCCAAAUUAAUGCAGAUCUGUCGAGAGAAGAAAAUAGCAAUUGAAGUUUGCCCUAUAUCAAAUGAAGUGCUACGUCUCACCUCAUCAAUGCCUAUGCACCCCCUCCCGAUAAUCAUGAACCAAGGCAUUCCGGUGGUACUGUCUUCCGACGAUCCUGCAAUGUUCAAUAGUAUGGGGUUAUCCUUUGAUUUCUUCCAGGUACUAGUAGCAAGUGAAGUUACAGGACUCCUUACUCUUAGCCAGAUGGCCCGUGAUAGCAUUACUUAUUCCAUGCUCGAUGAACGGAGCAAGCACACGGCUAUGGAUGCGUGGGAAAGACGGUGGACCAAAUUCGUAGAAGAAGUUGCGGCGAUGAGUCCAUGAAACUUUGGCUCCCGGAUUUCACUUUUUUCGUGCUCGAUGAACGGGGCAAGUGCUCAGUCAUGGAUGCAUGGGAAAGACGGUCACCGGCCAAGUUCAUAGAAGAAGUUGCGACGUUGAGUCCGUGAACCUUUGGCUCUCACUCACAGAAAUACCGAAAUAUAGAGCUCAGGAUGUUGUAGAGAUACGUGAAAUCAUCAAACUUGUGUAAUUGCUGUCCAAUGAUAGCAACUUAUCGGCCACAUUCCUAUGUGCCUCGACCUAGUGCGGGGACUAUUCACGACACUACCGUUACGAACGGUGUCAGUGUCAGAUUAAACCCCUGCCGUUUCGCCCGCCUCAUAUCAUGAU